CAGAAAACAAGAAACGAGAGCAGCGCUUCGUUUCAGGGGAGAGACAGCCUUCUCACCUUCCUUUCUUCGUGGGGAAGGGAGAGCCGCACGGCGCGGAAGCAACGUUUUUUUUGUGGCUCGCGCUUGCUUCGCUCUCUUCUCUAAAAUGAAACAAUAGCAGAUACACUCCGACAGCAGGUGGCGCUCUUUCGCGCCUUUCUCUACGAAGAAGACGGGGAGAGGACAGACGCGAGAACCGCGGAGAAGUCGACUUCCUCCGGGAUCCUCUCGUAGGCAAUUGUGUCUCUCUCUUCCUGGGAAGGAGGCACAGCGUGCCUAGAGAGACGGUCUGCUUUUCCUUGUCUGCUUUUCAUCUUCAACGGCCGCUUUCUCUUGCCGCGUCUGUUUCUUCCUCUUCUGCUCCCCCACCUUCUCUACUUCCUGUGCUAUCUUCUCUCCCAUGUACACACCUUCUCCCUUCUUUCUUUCUCGUCUUUUCUCGGCGCUCCGCGAUGGUCAGAGUUGCAGUGGAGCCCCUCUACGUGGGCGGCAGAGGCUCUGGCGGCUUCCACGCCGCGAUUCUGCGCCUCGGAAGAUUUUCCCUCCUCAUGAACUGCGGCGCCACAGAUCUCUUAGACCCUCAUGACAUUGACCUCCUCCUCCCGUACCUGAACGAGAUCGACGGCAUCUUCAUAUCGCACGGUUCGCUCCGCCACUUGGGGGGUUUGCCUCUCCUUCACUCGCGGCAGAAAGCUGUCUCCGUCUCGGAGUCUUCCUCUCUGGAUUCUCCCUUUCACCUGUGUUGCUGCUUCUCUGCCGCCUGCCGCGCAUGCAGCGUUCCCGCGUUCCUGACCCAGGCGAGUCAGCGGCUGGGGAAGGUCGCGCUGGAAGGCGCCGUUCUGAGCAACGCCCAGAGCCGCGGCGUGCAUGCAUGCGCGCCUGCGCGGGGUGUACAUACACCACCCGAGCCGGGCGAGGCUGCGGGGCCGGGGACUCCCGGGGAGGAGGAGGGGCGAGGAGAAGGGCAACGCGGCGAGGCGGUGGCAAAGACGGAAGAGAGCGAAGGGAGGGAAGGGAGCUUGGGUGUCGAGGAAGGUUCUGCGGAGGCGGCUGUGUCGACGAAAGACAUUUCCGCGAUCAUGGAGGCAUGUCGGGUGCUGCGGUACGAAGAGAGAAUUCGUUUGUUCCCGAGAAGACGCAGAGAGGAGCAGAGGGACGACGAAGUGGGCGAAGCGGCAGAGACCGAGGACGCGGAGGCCAGGGCAGAAGCAUGCGACUUCAGGCUAGACCGCGCCCACUCAGACGCGGACGACGAGCCGGACCAAGAGGAAGACGACACGGAGGUGUACGUACACUGCAUCCAGGCGGGCCAUGCCCUGGGAGGCGCGGUGUGGCUCUUCGACGCAGAUGGAAGGAAAGUCGUUUUCGCCGUCGACCAUUCCCUCAAUCCUCUCUGGCACACUGAUGGCAGCGCGCUGCUGUCGCUGCUGCCCUCGCUAAGGGCGGCGCCCUCGACGCCUUCGCCAUCUCCUUCCUUUUCUUCUCCCUCCAGAGACAGCUUCUCUCCUCCUUGCCUCUUCAUCUCGGAUGUCCAUGAGCCUCCCACAGGCCUGCAUUCGUGGCGGGUUCCAGCUCUUCGUGGCUUUUUCCUCCAGAUUGCUCACGUCCUCCAGAGAGGCGGCGACGUUAUCAUUCCCUUGGACAUCGGCAGUCCGCUUUUGGAAUUGCUGCUGCACUUGGAGGCGCUGUGGCGCCUCGCGCCUUCUCUCCACGGCUUCCCGAUUUUUCUUCUCUCUCCGGUCUCUGCGUCUUUUCUUCUCGCCUGUCGACCGCUCCUCCCCCAGAGCACGCAGCGGGCGCGGGCGCUCUUUGCGUCUCAGCGAGUCAACCCCCUUUUCACUAACGCUUCAGCCUCGCUCUCAUCUCUCUUGGCCCACCGUCUCGCCGCGCCACCGCUCCCGGAAGCGACGAGAGACUCGCCCUGGUUGGCGCGGAAGCAGACGCGAAAGGCCUCACUCCAAACUAUUCUCCCCUUUUCGCCGGGAUCAAACCUCCUGGACCGACUUCCAGAGACUGGCAGCCUUGUGACCUCUGCCGUGGGUGCUGAUGGACUCCCCGCCCGAGUCUGGGGGAAGGAUGGCGACAGCAGGGGCAACGUCGCGGGUGGGCCCGGGUCAGUCUCACUGCCGGCUCCAGAUUGGAGCCCAACUAGCGGUGUCUCCACACCGCCGCCGGGCUCGCGCCCGGCGGGCGGCGAGGGUGGGGCCCAGAGGCCGAGCGGGACCGAGGGCGCCCGCAGACCAGAAGAAGUGCAUGCAGAAGCCGCCUUGGCGGACUGGGCGGGGGGGCGCACCGCGGGAUUUCUGGGGGCGCCGGGCCUCGCAAGCCCCGCGGGGGUCUUUGGGGGCGCACGCGCCCCACAGGGGACUGCGGGGACGGGCCCGUGGAGCGCCAGCUGUGGGCUGCCCUUCGGGAAUCUCAAGUUCGUCAAGUUGCUCUCGACGGAGCGAGAAGUCGAGCAUUUGCUUCAGCAGCGAGAACAGGAACGCGAGAAGAACAACACGGAACCUCGAAGAUCCGGCUGCGUCUUUGUCUGCACUCCCGCGAGCCUCGACUCCGGAUUCGGAAGAUGUCUGCUCAUCCGAGAGGCCGAGGAAGAAGCGAACGCCAUCUUCUUUCUCUCGGAGCCCUGGCCUGGGACGACUGCUCACCGCGUAUGGAGCGCACAGAAGGACCGCGUUGCGUCUGCUUGCUCGACGCAAAUGUCACGACGAGAGGACUCCAGUUUCUCUGGGAAUGACAGAGAAGAGUCGUCUUCCCCGGAGCUCGUGUUGACGCAGACUCGCCGCGUUGCGCUGUCGCCUGAGGAGCUUCUGCGGCUGUUUGAACGCGAGAAGGAGAAACGGGCUGCCGAGCUAGAAAAGAAGAGACACUCGGGAGCGGUGAACGAGGCCAAGGAGGAGCCUGGAGAGCCGGCGAAAGAAGAACAGACGGAGGCGUUUGAGGAAGAGAAGGGCCCUCUGCUUCUGCACGAGGGCGACGACCGGGACUUAGUCGACUACGAUGACGAUCUAGUCGAGAACCUUGAAGACAUCGAGGCCGCGCCCUCCUUGUUCCCCUUCGCAGGCUUUGCCCUCCCCCAAGACGACUCCUUCUACGCCCAGACCGAAGAGCUCGCGGGCGAUGCGCAGGACCAGGGCGAGGAGCCAGCGGAGGAGACAGCGGCGGAAGCGUGUGGGGCCGACGAGGGCCCCGCACUGGGGGCCUCUUCCCGAGGCCUCACAGACGGCGUCGAGUCCGACGGGGACAAUCCGUUGCUGGAUACCUGUGGCCCCUGCAUGCAGGGCGAUCGAGACGAAUUUGCGCAGCCGCCGCUGAGCUUCGCUUGCGCGUCUCUGGGCGGAGAAGCCGCCAGAGACAGGGUGGCGCCUUCGAGAAGACAUGUCAAGGAGGCAAGCGAGGCCAGUCGUCGAGUGGGAGGGUUUGAGGGAGACGCGAAGAAGGAAAAAGAAGAAGAAGAAGACUUUGGAGUCGCCGUCAGUGCGGAGCAGAAAGCCGUUUGGACAGCCGCAACGCUUUCUGUGGGGACUGCUGCCGCGUCUGGCGCCCCUGUGUCUCCUUUCGAGGCCUUGGGCGCGCCGGUGCCAGGCGACUCCAAACUCCUCUGGGCCGGCGGGGGCGUCUGGCCCGGAAGCGACCGUGUGGCCGUGGCGAGUGCCUUCGCGCUGCCGCCCGCGGGCCUCUUCGCGGGGGGAGCCGAGGCGUACAGACACCUGGUUGAGGGCGAGAAGCGGAUCGCAGGGGCGCCGCGAAGAAGACAUGAGAAACUGAAGGCCGAGUUGCUGCUGGCGAAGAGAGGCGGCCACGUCGCUUCUCCAUGGCUCGGAGUUCCCUCUUCUCUCGCCUUCUCUGCUUUCGGGGUCGCCUCCUCGCCUUGUCCUGCGGGCCUUGUGGGCGCGCCUUCGGGCCUCCUGCCCGGCAUGAGGCCCACAGCCGGCGACGCCUAUCGCCUCCAGGAGGCCGCUCUGCCUGCGUGGCGGAGACAGUUGAGACAAUGGGUCGGCGGCGAGGAUCCGACGGGAGUGGAGAGUCUGACCGUGAAGGUGUCUCUGCGUUGCCACGUUGAGUGUAUCUCGGGAGGUCUUGAAGGCGUCACGAGUCUUCAAGGUCUGGUGAACUUUCUUUCACUUCUUCGACCCCAGAACGUGUUUCUUUUGCCCUCCUCGACGGGGCCUCUCACGCGCGAACUCGUCCGCAGUCUCUCGCAAGCCGAAGAGCUACAGACAGAUCGACUUGGCUCCAUCCCCGCCUCUGAAGGCGAGAACGGAGACGCCCAGUCGUCCCAUCUCGAUGAAUCGCCUGUGCAAAACAGCGAAGAAGCCGAGAUGACCGAUGCAGAGCCGCGCCCCGACGAGGCCUCCCCGCUUCAGACGUCUGAACUUCUAUCGUCGAAGACCGUCCCUUCGCUUACUCAAGAUUCACAGAAUUUCACAAAAAGCCGGCCAGGCAGAGGUCCGGCGGGCGGUGCCACUGUCUCUGUCAGCGCAAAAGAAGCUCUGCAAGUCGGCCUCGGCCACCGGCUAGUGGCGAGUCUCCUCGCGUCUCUCGGGCCCCACGCGCGGGUCCAGCUGCUCGUCUCCCGGGCCAGCUCAGCCGCACUGUCUCCGAGUGUCUCUCGUGACGCGCCCCGCUUCAGCCAUGUGGGCCUCCUGGAUCUCCCCUCUGGCCAGGCCGUGCUGCGCCUCGACCGGCGCCUCUGGGCCGAACUCCAGGCGCAUGCCGUCCCCGUCCCCGCGCCGCGAGCCGCCCGCGGGGCUCUCGAGAGCCGGCAGACCCCGGGCGCCGACCAAGAACGUCCGAACUGGGGACAGCGGCUCUGCUUCGUCGCGCGAGCUCGAGGCGCUGUGCAGCUCUUGGGCAGCGAGGAGCGAGAAGGCGAGGGCGAGGAAACAGGACCCGAGGCCGAGACGGCGGUCGAAGCCCGCACAGAGCCUGGAAGAAAAAGGUUGCACAGCGGAUCCGGCCCAAAGGCGCGGCGUCGCCGGUUCGGUCGCAUGGGGCCGUCCGGCUCGGCCUUUCAGUCAGGGAGUUUUUGGUGUCCGUCUCUGCGGCCGUCGUUUCGCCUGGUCUCCUGCGACGACCCCACACUGGAGGAGACAGGGCAGGCGAGAGAGGGCGCCUCGCAGCGAGAGGAGACUCACGGUGCGCAAGAGAAUGCUUCAGGCAGCGGGGGUUCCUGCCCGGGCGCCUCGGCCGCCAGCGCCUCUCGAGAGCACAUGGCUUUCUCAGAAGACAAAGGACUCGACGACAAACGGGCUACGCUGCUCCUCGGCCGCCUCCAACUUGGCGACGUCGCCCAGCAUCUGUGGAGUCACCUGGGCCGCGAGGGUCGGGGGCGCGGCGACGAAGCCGAUUCGAGAGAAGCCGAACGCGAGGAGAGAGAGGCGAAGAGCGAAAUCGCUUUCGCGCCUCAAGGACAAGUCCUCAGUCUUGCGAACUGCGCAGCCAUUCGGAUUUUGCAGGAUGGACACGGCAGUCGCGCGUCGGUGUGGGAGGUUGAGAGCAGCGUCCAUCCAUGGUUUUUUUAUCUUCGUCGGUUGUUUGCGUCGCAGCCGUUUGCUCUAACAGGGUCUUAACUUUGAGGGGCCUGUGUCGAGCGGUCCAGCUGCGCAGAAGCAUCACCAGGAUUUCUCUCUGAAGCCCGCGAGCUUUUGCUUUGUCUCUAUUCACUCUGUAGCUUAUCGCCUCACGGUAUGGACUUUCCGUCUUCCUGCCGUCUUCUUUUGUGCCGUUGUGGCGCUUCGCUGUUCGCGUAGCUGGUGCAAGCGUGUGUCGUCAAUGAGACUCGAUUUCGCACGCGAGCCUACCGCGUACUUGUUCUUGGCGGUGUGGACGCGCUGUGUUCUCACUGACAAGAAGUCUUCAGCAGCGCCGGUGCCUUUCUUCGUGGAAAAAAUGUGUCACAAGCGGGGGGGGAAAAGGGGGUUUGAAGUACCCGAAGGUUCGCAUCGUGCCACUCCACGAAAGAACCUGUCAGAUGCAUGCUGCCAAAGAACUGCGAUUUACCGUGAAAGGCAUCUUCGAAUCG